CUGCUAUUCAGAAUAUGUAUAUACAAUCACCGACUGGCGCCGACGGGGUUCCGAUUCUUCCGCCAAUAUGGGUACUUUGAAACAAUCUGGACGGAGCAGCCUUGUGGUCUUCCGUGUCCGAAAGGCUACAGGCGGGAAGAUGCGAGCUUGGAUCGCUGUCACGCCAUUUUGCUCGAUCUUAUUACUUACAUACAUACAUGUAAGUACGAGAGGAGUGUGGGGGAUCAUCGCCUGAGACUGGCAGAUAUGAGACUCGAAAGAGGACUGAAAUGGAUGAGUCGAUUGUUGUCUGCUGAUUCACAGUGCUUUGUGCAAUCCAUAGCGGGAAUCAGCCAUGUAAC